CUUCCCUUCCCCUCCCUCCCCGUUUCGAUCCCCCGUCUCCGACCCCCCAUUCGCCUCCGUUCCCCGCACCCACAAGCCGACGCGACGCGACGAGCCCCGGACCCCCGCAAACCCUAGCCGUCGCCGCGCCCCGCCCGUCCCCUCGCCGCGCGCGCCUCGCGAGAGGGCGCGCCGUCCCCUAGCCGAGGCCCGCCCCCGCUAGGGUUUUCGCCGGCCAUGGACGAACUGCGGCGGGAGCAGCACCGCAUCGCCGGCCACCCCUACGCCUUCGAGGUGGGGUCCUACUUCCUCGCCGGCUACUACAGCGUCCUGGCCAGCACCCCGGAGCUGGCGCGGCAGUUCUACACCAACGGCAGCACCGUGGUGAGGGUCGACUGCCAGACCAUGGAGUCCCAGUUCGGGGAGACGGCCGAGGAAAUCAAUGACAUAUUGAUGUCCAUGAAUGUUCAAAAGGUCGAGAUUAAAACGGCUAAUUUCUUGGAAUCAUGGGCUGGAGCCAUCACUCUGUUGGUUACUGGCCUAGUGCAAUUGAAAGGCUACCCUUUACGCAAGAGAUUCUCCCAGAGUAUCAUUCUUGCUCCUCAGGUCAAACCAGAUGGAUUUUUUGUAGACAGCGACAUCUUUCAGCUCAUCUGUGAUGAGUAUGAUGAUCAUUACCAAGUUGCUGAUUAUGGUUAUGCUAACCAAUUUCCCCAGAUGGUUGCUCAUAAUACCAUGACCGAAACAGCAUCUGAUUAUGUGGCUGAAGAACUUGAAUUGAAGGGGUUUGCAGCUCCUGCUGAUACCGACGAAAGGGCUAAUGGUAUUAUAUAUGAGAAUCAUGAAAUGCAGCAGCAAGAUCCUUUGGAAUUUGAGUCUGCAGUCAACGGAGAAACUCAUUUUGAAGAUCCUGCUCCCUCCCUCCCUAGUUCGACAGACGUUAAACAGGAUGCAUCUCUUGCUCCUCCCCACCCUCCUUCCCCACCUACACCUGAAGAAGAGCCUGUAGGAGAACCGCCUAAGCAAACAUAUGCUUCAGUGCUGCGAGCAAAUGCUAGUCAGGUUAUCCACUCCACUCCAGUUAACAGGGCUAUGACAGGGACCGCAGAAUCACAGCUGGUUGGACAAACUCAGCCUGUGCCAGUGCAAGAAAAAUCGAACUUGGGCACUCGUCGGGAUGUCAAUGUUCCUGAGGAUGAAGAAGAGUUCCUAUCAGUAUAUGUCGGUAAUCUUUCUCCAGCUACUUCAGUCUUCGAUCUUGAGAAGGUCUUUCAGGCUUUUGGAAGAAUUAAACCUGAUGGAGUUGCUAUACGUAGUCGCAAGGAGGCUGGAGUUUUCUUUGGAUUUGUUGAGUAUGAAAACAUGAGUGGCAUCCAGAAUGCGUUGGAUGCAUCUCCAAUAGAGUUGAAUGGGCGUCUAGUACAUGUUGAGGAGAGGAGGCCUGGCAGUGGAGUCUUUCGCGGCGGCGGAAGGCGAGGGCGGGGAAGGGGUCAAUAUGGUGGGCGCUACGACGGGGAUUACGCUGCACGGUCAAAGGGAAAUGGUUACCAAAGGAGGGGCGGGCACCAAUACGACGGCUACGACUAAUCUCACAUUUGAUCUGCUGGCGAAUGGUCGCAUCCCAUUUGGUGCUCUCGAUCUGGUGCGGCCUGGCCAUAUUUUUGUCACAACAAAGCGCGAUUACCUGGAGAACUUGCGUUUUGUGUAGCUGCUAACGAGCAUGACUCGUUUCUAGAUGGGACUCUUUUAGUGUUUUUGCUACAUGAUCGUGUCGCCUAUCUGGUAUGAACUAAAACAUGGGGAAAAAUGGAUCAGUGUUAGUUGAUCCUUGGCCA